AUGGCGGCGAUAGUGAACCCUGAUCUUGAUCGAUGUAGAUCUCAAGCGACUUUUGAUCCUUUGCUGCUCACUUAUUUUAUUUAUGAUGGACCUGAAAAGACUAAACGGAGACGUUUCUUACAACAUUUGGCUCUGAAAGAAAGCAAGAAGGUUAAUGAUUGCCAACUCUCUGAACUCAGCAAAGAAGAACAGUAUGAAGUUGCCUUACAGAAAGUUACUGCCACCUACCGCAGGAUAUUUGAGCUGGGUCUACAAGACCCGGCUGAUAUUAGCCUGUAUAGAAACACCUUCAUAGAGGGCCACCCUUUUGCUAUACAUGUUUUGGCAUUUCUACCAGCUGUGCAGAAAUUAGCUUCAGAAGAGCAGAAAGCAAAAUGGCUUCCCUUGAUAGAAAGGUUUCAGAUGAUUGGCACUUAUGCCCAGACUGAACUAGGCCAUGGUACCUUUGUACGCGGUCUAGAAACAACAGCCACGUAUGACCCCAAAACAAGAGAGUUUAUCAUCAACUCUCCCACUACUACAUCAGCUAAAUUCUGGCCUGGUGGAUUGGGGAAGACUGCCAACUUUGUUGUUUUGAUGGCCAAGUUAAUCACCAAUGGUCGAGACUGUGGGCUACAAUCAUUUCUAGUACAGAUACGAGAUUUGGAAACACAUCAACCUUUACCUGGAAUAACUGUUGGAGAUAUUGGUCAGAAGUUUGGUUUUGGAUUCAUAGAUAAUGGAUUUCUGAUCCUGAAAGAUGUCAGGAUUCCAAGAGACAAUAUGUUGAUGAGGUAUGCCCAGGUCCUGGAGGACGGCACAUUUGUCUCCGCAAAGAAUGAUCGACUUCUAUACGGUUCUAUGACCCUUAUACGAUCUCAUAUGGCAAGUGCUUGUGGACGGGCACUCGCCAUGGCUGCUACUAUAGCAACAAGGUACAGUGCUGUACGCAGGCAGUCUGAGAUUAAUGCAGGGGCUGGAGAAGUGCAAGUGUUGGACUUCCAGACUCAGCAGUACCGACUGUUUACCCAGAUAGCCUCAGCCUAUGCCUUGCUUAUGGCUGGAGAAGAAUCUUCCGCCGUUUACAGAACAGUUUCUUCAGAAGUUGAGACAGGCAAUUUACAGAAUUUGCCCAUUCUUCAUGCUUUGUCAGCAUCCCUGAAAGCCUUCAGUUCCUGGCAGAUGAUGUUUGGCAUUGAGCAGUGCCGCUUGGCAUGUGGUGGUCAUGGCUAUUCAUCGGCCAGUGGUUUACCAAAACUCUAUGCCAAUGAGGUUUCUGCUUGUACCUAUGAGGGUGAAAAUACUGUGCUCUGCCUGCAAGCUGCACGAUUUCUGAUCAAGAGUUACAAUGCAGCAGAGAAGGGAGAGCAACUGCCCAGUUUAGCCGGCUUCCUGCAAGCACCCAAGGGAGAGAAGAGCAGGUUGACAGAGAACCUGGAGUUGGACCAACUUAUUGCUGCUUACGAACACAGAGCAGCCAGACAAGUUCGGGAAGCAAACAGUCGAUUUCUAAGCCAUCUGAACAAGGGCGCAACUGCUACCGAGGCCUGGAAUCAGUCUUCCCAGUCGUUGGUGGAAGCAGUUGUGACCUUCUCACAUGCAUUUGUAGUAAGAGCUUUCAUUGAGAAGGUGACCUCAUCUGUUUUGGAGCCUUCCCUCUCCUCAGUUCUUAUCCAGCUAGCCCAGCUGUAUGCACUGCAUGGCAUCACCAGAAACUCUGGACAGUUUUUAAAGGGAGGCUACAUGAGUGAUCAUCAGCUGGAGAUGGUGGAGAACAAGCUGUACGAGUUGCUGGCAGCUCUGAGGCCAAACGCUGUCGCUUUGGUGGAUGCCUUUGAGUUUCCUGAUGGCGUUCUGGACAGUGCUCUAGGGCGCUAUGAUGGAAAUGUGUAUGAGGAACUAAUGGAGUAUGCAAAACGUUCCAAGCUGAAUAAGACUGAGGUACAUCCUGGUUUCUUCAAGUACCAGAAGCCCUUUGUUGACUCCCUCAAGUCUCAAGCAGUAGCUCAGUCUCGCCUGUGA